UUUGUCUUUGGUAUUGACAAUUGCCAAAUCAGCCCGACUGGCCCUUCUGUAGAAAUUCCUUAUAAAAUCUGUUUUAAUUCGAUUUUCUGAAUGGGUGUCUAACUGGAUUAUAGGAUUUCGCUUAUGUGCAUAGUCUUAGGUAACUGCAUGUCUUCCUGAUCUAAGACAUGGCGACGUAUGAGGAGUUUAUUCAGCAAAACGAAGACCGGGAUGGCAUACGGUUUACAUGGAACGUGUGGCCGUCGAGCAGAAUCGAGGCAACGCGGCUUGUGGUGCCCCUGGCCUGCUUGUACCAGCCACUGAAAGAACGGCCAGAUCUGCCUCCGAUUCAGUAUGAGCCAGUCCUGUGCACCCGGAACACCUGCCGCGCUGUACUGAACCCGAUGUGCCAGGUCGAUUACAGAGCCAAAUUGUGGGUGUGCAACUUCUGUUUCCAAAGAAAUCCUUUCCCCCCGCAAUAUGCAGCCAUAUCCGAACAGCACCAACCUGCUGAGCUCAUCCCGAACUUCUCAACCAUUGAGUACACAAUCACAAGGGCUCAGACGAUGCCACCCAUCUACCUGCUGGUGGUUGACACUUGUAUGGAUGAGGAGGAAUUGGGAGCUUUAAAGGACUCCCUGCAGACGUCACUCAGUUUGAUGCCGCAGAAUGCACUAGUUGGUCUUAUUACAUUUGGCCGUAUGGUACAGAUUCACGAGUUAGGUACAGAAGGCAUAUCCAAGUGUUAUGUUUUCAAAGGAACCAAAGACUUGAGUGCCAAGCAGAUCCAAGAGCAGCUGGCAAUCGGCCGCGUCAACGCGCCCAACACCCAGCAACGUCCCGGCACCCAGGCACCGACGCCUCCAGCCCACCGUUUCCUCCAACCUGUCAAACAAUGCGACAUGGCCUUGACUGACUUACUUGGCGAGCUCGGCCGGGAUCCUUGGCCUCUAGGAGUUGGAAAGAGACCUUUGAGAAGCAGUGGAGUCGCCCUCUCAUUAGCUGUUGGAUUAUUAGAAGUCACUUAUCCUAAUACUGGAGCUAGAAUCAUGAUGUUCCUUGGCGGCCCAUGCUCCCAAGGCCCCGGUCAGGUGGUCAAUGAUGAGCUGAAGCAGCCCAUCCGCUCGCAUCACGACAUUCACAAAGAUAACGCUAAGUAUAUGAAGAAGGCUAUCAAGCAUUAUGAAGCGUUGUCCUUCCGAUCUGCGACGAAUGGCCACUCAAUCGAUAUUUAUUCGUGCGCGCUGGAUCAGACUGGUCUGAUGGAGAUGAAACAGUGUUGUAAUUCAACUGGAGGACAUAUGGUGAUGGGUGACUCGUUCAACUCCUCACUCUUCAAGCAAACCUUCCAACGCGUGUUCGCAAAAGACCAGAAGAAUGACUUCAAAAUGGCGUUCAAUGGCACUUUAGAAGUCAAGUGCAGCCGGGAAUUAAAAAUAAGCGGCGCAAUCGGUUCAUGCGUGUCGCUGAACGUGAAAGGGCCCUGCGUGUCGGACCAAGAAGUGGGUAUGGGCAACACGAGCCAGUGGAAACUCUGCACCUUUACGCCUAGCACUACCAUGGCUAUCUUCUUUGAGGUGGUGAAUCAGCACGCAGCGCCGGUGCCUCAGGGCGGGCGCGGCUGCGUGCAGCUCAUCACGCAGUACCAGCAUUCGAGCGGCCAGCGACGCGUGCGGGUCACCACUGUGGCACGCAACUGGGGCGACGCCGCGGUGAACCUGCCGCACAUCGCGGCCGGCUUCGACCAGGAGGCCGCGGCCGUGGUGAUGGCGCGGCUCGUGGUGUACCGCGCCGAGCAGGAGGACGGGCCCGACGUGCUGCGCUGGCUCGACCGUAUGCUCAUCCGCCUGUGUCAGAAGUUCGGCGAGUACGCGAAGGAUGAUCCGAACAGUUUCCGGCUUUCAGAGAACUUUAGCCUUUAUCCGCAGUUCAUGUACCAUCUGCGUCGCUCCCAGUUCCUGCAGGUGUUCAACAACUCUCCCGACGAGACCACCUUCUACAGGCACAUGUUGAUGCGCGAGGACCUUACCCAGUCGCUGAUCAUGAUCCAGCCGAUCCUGUACUCGUACAGUUUCGGCGGCCCGCCCGAGCCCGUGCUGCUGGACACCUCCUCCAUCCAGCCCGACCGCAUCCUGCUCAUGGACACCUUCUUCCAGAUCCUCAUAUACCACGGCGAGACGAUAGCGCAAUGGCGCGCCCUCCGCUACCAAGACAUGCCGGAGUACGAGAGCUUCGCCCAGCUGCUGCGGGCUCCCGUCGACGACGCGCAGGAGAUCCUGCAGAGCCGCUUCCCCGUGCCGCGGUACAUCGACACCGAGCACGGAGGCUCUCAGGCCCGUUUCCUGUUGUCGAAGGUCAAUCCAUCUCAGACGCACAACAACAUGUACGCGUAUGGAGGGGCGAUGCCGAUGCCGUCAACGGAUGGCGGAGCCCCCGUGCUCACGGAUGACGUGUCGCUGCAGGUGUUCAUGGAGCACCUCAAGAAGCUUGCCGUGUCGUCCACCGCCUAGCCGGAGUCGGGCCACGGCCUUGUAGAAUAGGGCAGGUCUUUAGGGCAACCAUUUAUAUGUACCUGACAGUACAUGUACCUACUGUCUCCUCUGUUGGGGCUAUUCAUAAAUUACGUCAUUUGGGGGGUCUGGACAUCGGAUGAUGGUAGCAUGACGUAGGAGGAAACGGGGUCAUUCGAAGCAUGAUUUUUGGAUGAUUUUAGGGGGGUUCAAAAAUCGUCAAAAAUAGAUGACGUAAUUUAUGAACAGCCCCGUCUCACGCAGAAAUUGCUUUACUGGUCUGGUUGAUGCAGGGGUAGGGAAGAAGUGGCAUAAAGGUUCCAGAUUUUGAAAGAGCAUUUGCAUUAUUUCGGUAGUUUUAGUUUGAUUUUAUAUGUCAAAUAUUUGGAUGCGACGAGAAAUCGGUAAAUAAAGGCUCGUACAAAACUCGCUCUGAAACUACCAGAGUAAUAUGUACAAGUGGGUUAUUCAAAACUUGGCACUCCUUUAUGCCACUUCUUCCCUAUAUAGACUUGUUUCUUUGAAUUGGUACGAAUGUGAGAAAAUGUUACUGUUGGGACAAUACUUAAAAGAUUUAUUUAGCCAUUGAAUAUAUCAACACCUUGCUCUUCUUUCCAAGAUAGCUGCUAGUUAAGUUAAAUUUUGUAUUCUCGAUUAUAAAUUAAAACAAAUGUUUAUGAAAUGAUUAAAUGAUUUAUUUUAAGAAAAAAUA